AUGAAGCUGCGAUCGUCAGUCACGUUCUCCCGCUUCCCGGGAGCGUCUCUGCUGGCGGGGACAGCAGCAGCGCCGCCCGAGGUGGCGUGGGUGCGCCCUCUGGACGCGCAUGCGGCGCCCCUCAAGGAGUUCUCCGUCACCUUCUCUGAGGCCCUGCGCAACGAGUUCUCCGUCACCUUCACGGAGGCCCUGCGCAACGUGCGUGCUGUGCUAUGUGUGGUGCUGUGGGUGGUGCUGUGGGUGGUGCUGUGGGUGGUGCUGUGGGUGGUGCUGUGGGUGGUGCUGUGGAGUAGUACGUGCCUUGAAGGUAAGGAGUUCUCCGUCACCUUCUCUGAGGCCCUGCGCAACGUGCGUGCUGCGUGUGGUGCUGUGGUUGGUGCAUGUGAUGGGCAUGUGAUGUGGGCGUGCAGCAUAGGCCGGGGGUUCCGGGGGGAGUUCAACCGAUGGCAGUUUGCAGCGGGGCAGUGCGAGGACGCACCCGUGGACGCCGAUCAGUUCUCUGGCAUUGUGCGAGAGAAUGGGACGAAGCGACAACAGGCACAGGGGUGCACCUGCCACCCAUGCGCUGCCCAGGCGCGGUCAAGGCCCUUGGAGGAGCUUCCAACUGAAACUCUUCUCCCCGGUGGCACUGCCUCUGCAGGUGUUCAUCACAAGGCAGGCGGAGAGCUCAGCAGACCAGCCCCUCAAGUUCUCGUCCGUGCUGUUCCCUGGCGUGCCCAAGGGCGUUCAAGGACCCUCUCUCUGAAGCUGUUGGCUCCGUUCGUUUCCUGGUGCUGCCUGUGCAGGUGUUCAUCACACGGCAAGCAGAGAGCCCAGCGGACGAGCCUCUCAAGUUCUCAUCUGUGCUGUACCCUGGCGUGCCCAAAGGCCUUCGAGGACCCUCUAUCUGAAGCUGUUGGCUCCGUUCGUUUCCUGGUGCUGCCUGUGCAGGUAUUCAUCACACGGCAAGGGGAAAACCCAGCAGAGCAGCCUCGCAAGUUCUCCUCCGUGCUGUACCCUGGCGUGCCCAAGGGCGUUCGGAGGAAGGCGAGUGGGUCGGGCAUCGACGCGUGGGGGUGGAACAUGGAUGGAUCCCGCAGCACCUACUAUGCUCUCUUCCCGCGCGCCUGGACCCUCUACCAAGAGCCAGACCCACUGAUGACCAUUUCGUGUCGCCAGGUCUCGCCCUUCAUUCCCAACAACUACCAGGAGUCCUCCCUCCCCUCCUCCGUCUUCGCUUUCACUGUGGCUAACACAGGCACCACAGCUGCUGACGCCACACUCGUCUUCUCCCUUGCAAACUCCAUAGGGGGAGACUCUGCAACGACUGGUGGCCAUCUCAACACUGCCUUUGAGAUGGACCAGGGCAUCAAAGGCGUGAAACUGCAGCACAGGUCCUCCAAAGUGGGUGGCCCAGUGACUCUAGCCAUUGCAGCGCGAGAGGGCACUGGCGCCACCUGUAGUGAGAGUGGCGCCACAGGUGGUGCCACUGACAGGGUGCGCGUGUCUGUCUGCCCACACUUCGUCCUCUCAGGCCCCUGCAAGGGCCUAUCGGCUGCUGACAUGUGGCAGCACCUAGAGAAGACGGGCACCUUACCCCCUCACCACGAGUCAGCCCUGGCAUCGCACCCCUCCUUCCCCGGCACGGCCAUCGGGGCAGCAGUGGCGGCGUCAGUGUCAGUGCCGCCGGGAGCCACCCGCCACGUGGACUUCACACUCUGCUGGGACGUGCCUGUUGCGCGCUUCAACCCCGAUAGCCACUACCUCAGGUCGCCAGCACCUCAGGUAUGGUGUGGUUCAUUCCCUGACGUACGGGCUGCCCCUGGUGCAUCAGUGACGCUCUUCAACGAGCUAUACUUCCUCACUGCAGGCGGCACCGUGUGGACGGACGGAGGGCCGCGGCUGGAGGAGAGGGAGCAGCACGAGUGGCUCAAGCCGCAAGACCCCUCUGAUUCCCUCGCUCGAUCCGUGCUUCUCACGCCCUUGCCCUCCCAAAGUCCUCAGGUGAAUUCUCAGGUAGGUAAGCGAGAUCUGCGGUCUGGGUUGUCACUGAACGAAGCUGAUUUUGCCGCCCAAAGCCCUCAGGUGGAUUUCCAGGCAGGUCAGCGGGAUUUGCGGUCGGGGCUGUCCUUGAAUGACGCUGGGUUGGUGGUGGGGUCUAUUGGGAGAAUAUCGGAGCGGCAAGAGGAAGAGGAUGCCGAAAGGGAGAGCGGGGGAGAGAGGAGGACGGGCUACGGUGUCGGCGCUAGGGUGCUGGAUUCGGCACGCAGUGAUGUGGCGUCACCUCCUUUUCUAUGCUCCCCCCUCCUCCUUCCACUCCCCCUUCCCCUCAAUUUGCCCUUUCGUCUUCUCCCGCCGCUCACCCCUCCCACCCACACCACCACCAGCUACGACGUGCAUUUCUAUGCGUCCUUUGCGCUGCUCGCCCUCUUCCCGCUGCUCGAGCUCAGCCUGCAACAGGACUUCGCCGUCAGCACACUGCUGCAGCAACGGCGCAUGACGAGGUUUCUAGCAGACGGAGCUUCAGGCGUGAACAAGAUGCGGGGCAGUGUGCCGCACGACCUGGGGUGCCAUGACCCAUGGGUCUUCCCCAACGCAUACAACAUCCAUGACACCGCCCAGUGGAAGGACCUCAACUGCAAGUUUGUGCUGCAGGUGUGCCGGGACUACAGGGCGACGGGCAAUGUGCGGUUCUGCAGGGCGGUGUGGGAGGCGGUGGUGGCAGCAAUGGAUGCGGUGGAGAGGUUUGACCGUGAUGACGACGGGCUCAUUGAGAACGAUGGCUUCCCUGACCAGACCUACGACAACUGGCCGGUGCACGGAGUGAGUGCGUACUGUGGGGGGCUGUGGCUGGCGGCCCUGCAGGCAGGGGCAGCCAUGGCGGAUGCAGUGGGGGAGGCCAAGUACGCACAGUACUGGCGGCAGCAGUGCGAGCGGGGCACGGAGGCAUUUAUUGCCAAGCUCUGGAAUGGCAGGUACUUUAACUACGACAGUGGCAGCAGCAGCAACAGCAACUCCAUCCACGCGGAUCAGCUCGCAGGCCAGUGGUACCUGUGGAGCUGUGGCCUGCCGCCCCUCUUUGACUCAGCCAUGGCGUGCAAGGCGCUGCAAAUGAUCUUCGAGUACAAUGUGAUGCGGCUGGAGGGGGGCAGCAUGGGGGCAGUCAAUGGCAUGCGACCCAACGGGCAGGUGGGAUGUGGGCAGGGGGGGGUGGUGUGGGCAGGUGGGAUGUGGGCAGGGGGGGGUGGUGUGGUGUGGGCAGGUGGGAUGUGGGCAGGGGGUGGUGGUGUGGGCAGGUGGGAUGUGGGCAGGGGGUGGUGGUGUGGGCAGGUGGGAUGUGGGCAGGGGGUGGUGGUGUGGGCAGGUGGGAUGUGGGCAGGGGGUGGUGGUGUGGGCAGGUGGGAUGUGGGCAGGGGGUGGUGGUGUGGGCAGGUGGGAUGUGGGCAGGGGGUGGUGGUGUGGGCAGGUGGGAUGUGGGCAGGGGGUGGUGGUGUGGGCAUGUGGGAUGUGGGCAGGGGGUGGUGGUGUGGGCAUGUGGGAUGUGGGCAGGGGGUGGUGGUGUGGGCAUGUGGGAUGUGGGCAGGGGGUGGUGGUGUGGGCAUGUGGGAUGUGGGCAGGGGGUGGUGGUGUGGGCAUGUGGGAUGUGGGCAGGGGGUGGUGGUGUGGGCAUGUGGGAUGUGGGCAGGGGGUGGUGGUGUGGGCAGGUGGGAUGUGGGCAGGGGGGGCGGGGGGUGUGGGCAGGUGGGAUCUGCAUGUUCAUGCCCCAUGCUCUCCAUGCCCCAUUCGUUCCACACUUCACUCUCCUCUCCAUUCUCCUUCUCGCUCACCACUCACGAUUUCGCUCUCCUGCUCUUUCUCCUCCUUGCUCUCCUCAAUCUCCUCCUCUCUCUCCUCCUCACUUUCCUCCUCACUCUCCGUCUCACUCUCCUCCUCACUCUGUCAGGUGGAUGA